AUUACAGUUUACGAUGUAUUCUCCACGAAAAAAGUGUCAAAUUCUAUUCAAUAUUUCAAUACUUCAACUAUUGGGCAUUUUUUUCUUUGCAAAAGGAUUUUUUCCGUAUAAAACCAGUUUAUCAGGUUUAUCAACAGUAAACGAAUUACCUCCAUUACCUAAUGGAGAAAAAACUCCUCUGGAGCCAAAAUUUGAUCGAUUAGUUUUCAUGCUGAUUGAUGCGUUAAGAAGUGAUUUCGUGUUUGGAAAAAAUUCUGGAAUGGAAUUUGUCCAAAGUCUCGUCGCAGAACGACGCGCAAUUCCUUAUACAGCGAUAGCGACUGCUCCGACUGUUACCUUACCACGAAUUAAAGCUUUGACAACUGGAACUGUACCGAAUUUUUUGGAUGCAAUUCUUAAUAUAGCGGAGUCUGAUACUUCUUCUUCUUUAGCGGACCAAGAUAAUUGGCUAGUACAAUUAAAAAAUGUUAAUAAUAAGUCAAUAUCAUUUUUUGGUGACGAUACUUGGAUAAAACUUUUUCCUGGAUUAUUUCAUGAAACGGAUGGAACUACUUCAUUCUUUGCUACGGACACGGUUGAAGUUGAUCUUAAUGUAACUCGAAACGUAAUUCCACAAUUAUCAAAACCUGGGUGGGAUGUUCUGAUAUUUCAUUACCUUGGAUUAGACCAUGUCGGACACUCAACUGGGCCAUAUAGUAAUUUGAUGGUACCAAAACAACGUGAGAUGGAUGAAGUUGUAAAAAUAAUAUACGAGAUCAUAUUAGAACAGGAUAAGAAAAGAAUUAGAGAAGACCCUAACGUAAAGCCUACACUGUUUGUGUUAUGUGGAGAUCAUGGAAUGAAUGAGGCAGGAAAUCAUGGUGGCUCAUCUAUUGGCGAAAUAUCUACUGUAAGGUUACCAUAUGUAUUUUAUUUGUCGGUCCUGAUGGUCUAUAGAAUUUUCGGAAAAGUGUGCUUCCAAUUUUUAGUGGCACAACAGAACUGGUUAAAGACCUUAAAGUGGUAAAUUUUGGUCUCAAUCUAAUCACCCAAUUCAGAACUAA